GUGGUCUAUCGAGACGUGAGCUUGGAACGCUGGAGGUCGCAAGGGCCUCAGUGUUAACUGUACAAUAGACCAGACUUCUUCGCUUGACAUUCAGAAUGUUGUUCAAAUCGAACAUUGCAAUGCUUGUAAGCGAUCGUGUUACUCAGUGCGUCAUAAAAGUCGUAGCAUCAAAGAUGAACAGUACCUCAGCCAGUUCUGCGAAGAUGCUGUUCCUGAUGCUUUUGUUGUUUCCCAUGAUGUGCACCUCUUCCCAAAUAUGUGGAGGUAGGAUGAACAGAACAACUGGUGUAAUUGAUGAAGCUGGCAGCCCAUCAAUCUACAAAUCUUGCGAAUGGACGAUUUAUUCACCAGUCGAGAAUUCCACCAUAUUAUUGAUUUUUGAACAUCACACAUUCAAUUGCUGGAAUUCAUGGACUUCGAUACGGACUUGGAGACAAAGGAAGGAUCUUUGCCAAGAAAGGGACCUAUUUGCAAUUUUGGCAUUGGGCAGGAAUGUCACAGUCGCUCUCAUCUCGCUCGGUUAUUCCUUUAGAUUAAAGGCCUAUUUUAUUGUGCUGAACAGCACAACUUCAAAAGGUCACCAGCGACAUGAUUGGAAUGUUUCAGUUAGAAACGUAAGCUCAAAAGCAGUCGAAGUGAGUUGGGCUCGACUUGAUAACAACAACUCAAAUUCCACUCACAUAUAUAGUUAUGUAGCCACCGUGCACAUGACGACGCAGUAUGAUGCUGGUGAUAUACUUGUGCUGAAUGUGACAAAUGCUCCCUCCACAAAUACAAGUUCCUCCUUGAGUACGGUGGUGAGAGGCCUUAGACCCUACACAAAGUACCGAGUAAAAGUUGUGGCUCUUGUAAGAGAUCAGAUAACUGGUGUAAUCUCAUUAAAAAGCAGUGCAGCCAUUGAGAUUACAACUCAAGAGGGUGUUCCCGGUGCUGUUCGAUGGCUGUCUGCAUGGCACCGAGGUUCCAGCAGUCUUCGGAUUCAGUGGAGUCCAAUUUCUAGCGAAGAGGCAAAUGGAAUUCUUCUGGGCUACACAGUGUACUACAGACCUUAUAAUUCAAACGAGAGCUUCACGAAUAUUAGUGAGAAUGCUCGAGUAUUAACUAUAACCGGUCUGACGAAGGCUACAAUAUACGAGAUCAGAGUUACAGGUCGUACAUCCGCUGGGGAAGGUGCAGAGCGGUAUACAUAUGCUCAAACAGAUUGUACAGAGCACUUCGAUAAGCCAUCGGGUGAACUCAGUUUCAACAAAGGAUCCGCGCCGUAUUAUAGCUGGUAUCAUUAUAGAAGGUAUUAUAAUCCCUGUUACUGGACGAUUCAAUCUCCGGUUGUAAAUUCCAGCGUCCUUCUUGUUUUUGAAGAACACCAACGUGAUACAUACGGGUACCAGACUUACAUCGGAAGUGCGAGACAAUCAAAGGAGCUGCACAGCUAUCAGAAGGUGCCUUUUGCAGUUCUGGUGUUGGACAGCUAUGCGACAGUCUAUUUUGAAAGGAGAAAUAGUUAUGAUCAACUGAAAGCUCACUAUUUCAUUAUGAACAACUCACGCUCCAAUGCUCUAUAUCAACGUGGUUGGAAUGUGACGGUAAGUAACGUCAGCUCCAUGGCGAUUGGUGUCAGUUGGCCUCCGCUGAGUACCACCAGCUCAAAUUCCACCUACAUAUACGGUUAUGUGGUUUUCUUGCGCAUGCGUUUGAAUGGUAUUGGUGACAUACUUGUGCAGGAAGUAGCAAAUUCUACUUCCUUCAGCACGGUGGUGAGUGGACUAAGAGCCUACGUGAAGUACCAAGUGAAAGCUGUUGCUCUCCUCAAGGAUCGUGUGAGUGGAAAAAUAUCCUUGAAAACGAGUGAAACUGUCGAAAUUCAAACUGCAGAAGGGGCACCCUAUCGUGGACCUUCGUACAACAAGGUCUUUGCUUUGGAUUAUCAGAGUAUUUUUGUCAGUUGGUAUGCAUUGCCUCAAGAGGAUAGUGGUGGCGUUCUGCGAGGAUACAGAGUGUCUUACCGAGACUACCGAACCCAAAUCAAAAAUGUUACCUUGGAAUCAGAGGAGCGGCAGGUUAUCUUGACUAAUUUAGAGCCGAGAACAAAUUAUGGUAUCUACGUCUCUGCAUUUACAGCCAAGGGUGAAGGUCCAAGAAACUCUUAUUCGAUCACUACACUAUGUGGAGCACUCAUUUCUGGUCACAUUGGAGAAAUUUCAAGUCCCGGGUUUCCUCACUACAUCAGCUGGAGUGAAUGUAUUUGGAACUACACCGCUCCUAACAAUAACUCAGUACUCUUGCUCACAUUUCAACGCUUCGAGCUACCUUUUGCAUGGAACUGCAGGCGUUUUUACAUGGAGAUCAAUAAAGGACAAGACGUCGAGAGGAUUUGUGGCAGAAGAGACGGAUUAACUGUGGUUUGGGAGGGUCCUUCCUUGCACCUGCGUUAUCAUUCGCAACGCCGGACAUCUUUGGCAACUGGUUUCAGGGCCCAAUAUCACAUACUUAAUAAGUCACUAAUCGAAGCCCCUCGUAUACAAGGCUGGAAUAUAACUGCUGAGAGUACUUCCUCUACAACAGUGUUGGUGACAUGGCCAAAUGUCACUAUUGCCCUUUCGAUGAAGGAUAUUUACGGCUUCGUUACAGCUUGCACAGCAACUGAAAUCAAAGAUACUUUACGUCUAGCUGCAGCGAAUUCUUCGUCCUUCCGAACUUUGGUGCAAAGGCUUUUGCCUUACACAGAGUACAGGGUUCAAGUGACUGCCUUAUCCAAAAGUCAAAGUAAUGGAUCCGUUUCAAUGGGAAGCAGCAGUGUUGUGGUACUUAGGACAAAGGAAGAUGUUCCCUCAAAGCCACCAAGUAACAUCACAGCACAAGGGACAAAUUCUACAAGCAUUCGAGUUACAUGGUCUCCCAUAGAUAAACAUGACAUCCGAGGAGAACUGCGAGGUUACCUGGUUCAGUAUAAGGAGGCUUGGACACAAGAGAGCUAUUACAAUAUGUCCGUUGGGCCUCUAGUUUCGUCUGUGCUAUUGAAAGGUCUGAAAGUUUUCACAAUGUACAGAAUCUACCUCGCUGGGUUUACAAGAGCUGGUGUUGGGGUUCAAAGUCGACCACAUUUUCCCAAAACGGGUUGCCUGUUUUUUGUGCCCAGUGAUGUCACAGACUUCGCCAGUCCUAACUUCCCCAGUAAUUAUCCAAGUAACGCCAACUGUACUUGGGUGAUCGGUCAAGGAAUGGAAUUAAAUGAAACGAAGAUCAUACUGUUCUUCGAUAAUUUGCAUACAGAAGGUUUUGGUACUCCAUGCAGCUCGGAUUAUGUUCAAGUGAGUGACAAAUCUCAAAGUAUAGAUUGGAAAUUUUGUGGAAAGCAGCCUCCAUUUGCUGUCACCAUCACUGAAAGUUCUUUUACAGUGCGUCUGUAUUCGGACAAUGGAAUAGAGGAAAAGGGUUUCUACGCUCGGUAUCUUUUGGUGAAACAGGAAAUAGAUCUUGAUAUAGCGAAAAAAGAAGAGAACACGAAUUCAGCAUCAGCUGUAUUAGAGUGGAAAAAGACGCAAAAUGUUGGUGAAUUGAAGGGUUACAUUGUAUUGUACAAGUUGUCUCAGUCGUCGACGUAUUGGAAUGUCAUACGGACAAAUGAUACUCAAGUAUCGCUCAAUAACAUUCAGCCAAGAAAAGAAUAUGCCGUCAGAGUGCUACUCUUGGCCAAGUCAAACGUCACCUACAUUAGUCAAACGUUCACCCUAGAAACUAGCGUAGUACUAACUACGGGGGAGCCAACUAAUACUCCGAGUCCAACAGCGGAAGUGCCAAUUCAACUCAUGUACCCCUACGGUCCUUCCGCUGGUGACUCGGAAAUCCCAAACACGCAUGAGUACUCAUGGCAAUGUUUCAAGAUCGAUAUCCCGGACGAUGGAAUGCAAUUCUUUGGCAAGCGUCACUACAAAGUUUACAUCUGUCGCAACGGAUUGCUGCAGUUUGAUUCUCAAUGGCUUCCCUGGUGGCCGUACAAUUUCGGGGAACGUUGGUGGCUGAAGAAAAAGGCAAUGUUAGCACCUUAUUGGUGUUUGAUGGAUACCGACGAUUCUUUUGUGAUUCAGGGCUUUUCAAAGGUUUAUUAUCACGUGUAUUCAGAUUCCGAACCACGUUCCACUGGUAUGUUGAAGAUGGCCUCUUCAGACACCAAGAGACUCUUGUCGACCCCUUUGCCCACCGCCUUCGAGGCAUCAUGGGUACUGGUGGUAACGUGGAAAAAUUUACGUCCGUACCAGUAUCCUGCCGAUAUGGCAAACCAGGGAAAUACGUUUCAGUUGGUCUUGAUCACAAAUGGAGUGUACUCCUUCACGAUGUACAAUUAUCCAAAGAACGGCCUGCAGUGGUCUGCUCCCACCCAGAGAAUGUACUAUCGAUAUUAUUCUAAUGCGCGUGGUUUGCCUGUGGUUGGUUGGAAUGCUGGAGACAAAGAAGAAAGGAAACAUAACAUGCCACGAUCGGGUACCGUAAACAUCGAAACAAUCGAUGGAAUAAGAGGCAACGCUGACAUGGUUGGGAAGUGGUUCUUCCGACUGGAAGAAUCCCUUGGAAAACGAAACGCAAGACAAGAGUGCAUUGACUGGUUCAAAGUGCAACCAGAUCCUCGAUUCUACACUGAAGACCUCGAACCUUGUCCUUGUAUCUUGAGACAAGCAUGGUGGGACGAAAGGUUCUCAAUCAACUGGAGAGACUGGCCAAGAAUGUGUGCCUACGCUCAGUUCCCUUCACCAGAUGGGUGGGGCCAGGAAUCAAGCAACCGUGGACGAUAA